UCUGCAAAACAGAACUACAGAAUCGCAAUUCUCUAAUCGUCUCGCAAGCAGUAAAUAGAGGCAUAUUUACUGCAAAUCUAUCACCUGCUACCAAGAGAGUCUGCUUGAUGUUGGGUGAAGAGGAUGAACCCCAAAGCCCACAACUCUUCACUGAACUAGAUGAACUUUUUUUUGACAAUAAGAAACAAUUGCAAUGGAAGGAAACAGCAAGGUGGAUAAAGUUUGAAGAAAAAAUUGAAGAAAGAGCUGAAAGAUGGAGCAAACCUCAUGUGACCACAUUGCCCUUACACAGUUUAUUUGAGCUACGUACCUGCAUUGAAAGGGGAACACUUCUGUUUGAUUUAGAAGCAAACAAUUUUAAAGAAAUAUUAGAGAUAAUAGUCAACUGUGAAAUGUCAACUGGCAAUCUGAAAAAUGUGCUCAAGGAAAAGGUCAUGUAUGUCCUUCUUAGGAAUCACAAACAUCACAUAAAGAAAUGCAGAAUGCAGACCAUGCUCGAUCUGUGGAGGUGUGCUUCCUGUGCAAAUAAAUCUGCUCCCUUGAAUUCGAACACAACUGCAGAGUUCACAAAUGAAAUCUCAGAGAAACCUCUCCAGGAACAGUUGAAAAAUACUUUCAAGAAGCAGAUCCCUGAAGGUGCUGAAGCUGCAAAUGUGCUUGUGGGUGAAGUAGAUUUUUUGGAGAAGCCAUUUGUUGCCUUUGUACGAUUAAAGCAGGCAAUGAUCCUAGGGGCUCUUACGGAGGUCCCACUACCAACCAGGUUUCUAUUCAUUCUCCUUGGGCCGAAAACUAAGGCAAUGGCUUAUCAUCAAAUUGGGAGAGCUGUUGCAACUCUGCUGACUGAUGAGUUAUUCCACAUUGUGGCAUUCAAGGCAAAAUUGAGGGAAGACCUACUGGCUGGAAUUGACGAGUUCCUUGAUCAAGUAACUGUGCUGCCUCCAGGGAAGUGGGAUCCCACUUUACGGAUAGCACCACCAAAGAUACUUCCAACGCCACACAAACGAAAAUCUGUGUAUUCUCGCAGUUCUAAUGUUCACAUGCAGAAAGGAAAUCAUAUCCAGCAUGAAGAGAGGUAUGGGAGCAAUCUGCACGUUGCUGAAGAUUUGAAGAGAACAGGAAAGUUAUUUGGGGGAUUGGUUAAUGACGUCAAAAGAAAAGCACCUUGGUUUGCCAGUGAUUUUUACGAUGCUCUGAACCUCCAAUGUCUGUCAGCUGUGCUGUUCAUCUAUCUGGCCAGCGUAACAAAUGCAAUUACAUUUGGAGGAAUCUUGGGUGAUGCAACUGACAACAUGCAGGGAGUCCUAGAAAGCUUCCUUGGAACUGCUAUUGCUGGAACAGUAUUUUGUCUCUUUGCUGGCCAACCAUUAACAGUUCUUGGCAGCACUGGCCCUGUGUUGGUAUUUGAGCGACUCCUCUACAAUAUUAGCAGUGACUAUCAACUUGACUAUUUGGAAUUCCGACUGUGGAUUGGAAUAUGGACAGCAUUCUUUUGUCUCGUUCUGGUUGCCACAGAUGCCAGCUACCUAAUUCAGUAUUUUACACGUUUCACUGAGGAAGGAUUCUGCACACUGAUCAGCUUCAUUUUCAUCCAUGAUGCUUUUCAGAAAAUGUUUAAUUUGGCAAAGAAUUAUCCAAUCAAUUCUGACUUUAACAUCGACCAUGUUACUCUUGAUCAUUGCUCGUGUCUUCCCAUUGAAGCAGACAAUGUUUCUAGUCUGUUUAAUGAAACAACUGAGGCACACUUUAAACUCAUCACGGCCAUCUAUAAUACGACACCCAAUGCAAAAUCUGUCAACUGGUCUUCACUUACAAAGAAAGACUGUUUGAAGCUUGGAGGACAGCUUGUGGGCAAAACCUGUGAUUAUAUUCCAGACAUUACACUCAUUUCCUUAAUUCUUUUCUUUGGUACAUUUGUUUGUUCCAUGUCACUGAAGAACUUUAAAACAAGCAGAUACUUCCCAUUUGCAUUCAGGAAACUAAUCAGUGAUUUUUCCAUCAUCCUGUCGAUACUGAUCUUCUGUGGAGUUGAUAUCCUCGUUGGUGUGGACACCCCAAAACUCAUUGUGCCAAGUGAGCUCAAGCCAACGAACCCACACAGAGGGUGGUUUGUGUAUCCAUUUGCUGGGAAUGAAUGGUGGAUGUGCCUCAUUGCAAUGGUACCAGCUUUACUGGUCACUAUACUUAUCUUUAUGGACCAGCAGAUUACUGCUCUCAUCCUGAACCGCAAGGAACAUAAACUCAAGAAAGGUGCUGGCUUUCACCUAGACCUGUUCUGGAUAGCUAUCCUUAUGAUCCUUACUUCAUUCAUGGGUCUGCCCUGGUACGUGUCCACGACCGUAAUAUCCCUUGCACACAUAGACAGCUUGAAAAUGGAGACUGCAAAAUCUGCCCCAGGUGUAGAGCCCACAUUUAUGGGAGUGAGAGAACAGAGAGUGACUGGGCUGCUUGUUUUCAUCCUCAUUGGCUUAUCACUCUGUUUGGCUCCAAUUCUUAAGUAUAUCCCAUUGCCAGUCCUGUUUGGAAUCUUUCUGUAUAUGGGCGUGUCCGCUCUCAGCAGUGUUCAGUUCAUGGAUAGAUUGAAAUUGCUGUUGACGCCUCCUAAACACCAGCCUGACUUAAUGUAUUUACGCCAUGUUCCAUUGCGCCGGGUCCACCUUUUCACCUUGCUUCAGACCUUGUGUCUGGUUCUGCUGUGGGUGCUGAAAUCAACAGUUGCUGCAAUCAUAUUUCCAGUUAUGCUCCUCGCAUUAGUAUGGGUACGGAAGGCAAUGGAGUACAUCUUCUCAAAACAUGACUUAAGCUGGCUUGAUGGUACAAUGCCAGAGAAAGAGAACAAAGUACUAGAAGAUAAGAAAUCAGAGAAAGCAGUUUCAAGCAAUGAAAGUGAAGAUUCUGAAUACCUAUACUUACAAAAAGGUCGUGAUAUAAAUAUCUCUGUGAAUUGAAGAAAAAGAUGGUGAGCACUCUGUGAAGAGUGAAGGCACAGUGAAAGGCAAGCUCAAUGUUGAUAUCAAGAAGAAAACUCUGGAAGAAGUAAAAGAGGAUUGUUUUGGUUUGACAACAAAAACUAACUUCCCAUUACACUGUACACAAAAAUGACCCUUCAUUAUUCCUUUGAGUUGAAAAGCAACCAUGAACAAGUUCAUCUUCGUUAUAAAUAUUUCACUUUGAUGUUUUAAAUUAGUAUUAUCUUUAGCUGAUAAUGUACAUCCUUGUACUGAAAUAAAUACAACCUUUCAUUGGCCUCACUUACUGACAAUGGAAUAUUACAGAAGUGAAAUAUCUUGGUUUGCAUCAUUAUUUGGAUGUAAUUUCAAUACAAUGGAAUUCCUAGGGUUUAAUGAGCAAGAGAAAGCAUGACUUAUUGAGAAUUUUUAAAAAUGAUUUAAGUAAUUCAAAUCUUACCUACAUCUUUCCUAGCGUGCACCAAGUCCUGUUCACUCAUCAUCCAGUGCUUGCUGAUCUACAUUUACUCCAGUUUAGUAUUGUCUUCAUUUUACAGUUCUUAUCUUUGUUUUUAAGUCAAUCUGUGGCCUUGUGCCUUGUCCUUCUCUUUUUCUGUAGUCUCCUCCAACGAUAACUGCCAAGAUAUUUGCAAUACUUGUUGUUUUAGUCUCUGGAGCAGCCCUGAUUUUAAUUGGUUCACUCAUGGUGACUGUGCCUUUUCGUUGCCUUAAGCUUUACCAUUUUCUCACUAAACUUCUCCAUGUCUCUAUCAAACUUUACAACUUUUAAGAUAAUCCUUAAUAUCUUUGACCAAGCUCUUGGUCGUCUGUUCUAACAUCACCAAUGUGGUUUCAUUUUAUGUUUCAUUUUAUAAUAGUACCACGAAGUUCUUGGGAUAUUUCAUCAAAUUAAAGGCACUAUAUAAAUAUAGCUGUCGUUAUUGUAAAAAAAUUAUUAUGAUGUUGCCAGGAAUGAGUAUUUGCAUGUGUGAACAUCUGGUUGAGAAUUUGAAUUUAUCUCUCCCACAAGAGCUGAGGUUAUGGGUGACCCGAUAAUGGUCUUCAGGAUUCAAAAAAAGCAUUGUUUCCAAUAAUAUGGCUACAUGAGAGCUCACACUUAAGGUUAUCAUAAAAAAGUUAAAGUGGAGAUAGGGAAAAAUAUAUCUUUGCACAAUUGGGUGGGAAUUGUGGAAUUCUUGAUCACAGUUGGUUGGUGCAGCAGAAUAUACAUUAUUUUAAAAGGAAUUAAUUCUGUUUUUCUGAGGGACAAAAAAAUUAGUGUAUUGGGAUGUGUGGAGCAAAUGUAAUUGUAGAAUUAUAUGGAAAAAGACACUAGUAUACACUUGAUGCAUCCUUUGGCUUACUUCUGUGUUGUAUCAUGCUGAGUAGAACGUGUAAUGUAAUUUUAGCCUUUUGUAUUUUACGUAUGAAUUUUUGGAAAUCAUAUGUCUCUAAUUGGACUCUAUAUAUGUGUCGAAGUUGAAUUAAAGUACAUUUAUAGAUUUGCUGGUCUGAAUAUUUUGUCAACCAUAUUAUUGAUACUUAUUUAAAGCACACUGAAAUUAUUUUUUAAAUUGUUUGGCAUGCUUUUUGAUGAAUCAUGGUUGUUUACAUCUAUAUUUAUGCAUAGAUUUUCAGUCUGAUUAACCAAAACACAUUGAGUUGCAAUUGUGUGAACAGAACCAUGAAUUUAUGGCAAUUAACUCUUUGAGUUAUUGUCAGUUACUGAGUGCUUCUAUUGGAAUGCAUGGGAAAACUAGGUAACAUGACAUUGUAUGAACUUGCAUAGGGAUGACAUACAGUAUAUAGAGUG